AUGAUGGCAUGGCAGAAAGGUAUAAGUAGACAGGCUGCUGCUGCGGGGAGGGAUGUGUUGUGUUACGAUUUCAAAAAAGGAGGGCGGGUUGGCGAGGAACUCAGGAGCAUUGCGAUUGGAGCUUCAGAAUCGAGUGCUGGUAGGUGCAACGCGCAGGCGCAGUGUUUGCAACCCAUUACGCCCUUGGCCGUGGACACAAUACCAACCUUCCUUCUACAAGUCUAUGAAUCACUAACAGUUACAGCUUAA